AUGACCUACAAGUCUGUAAGACUUGCGCGUUGGCUGGCGUUCUGUUUGGCUUUGCCUGUCGACCAACGACAGUGGUCGAUUGAAGAAAAGUUAAAAACUGUGGUACGUAACAACCGGCAAAUUCUGCUGAAGAGAAGCGUAGAAGUUGUAAGAGUGGAGGGAAGAAAUCGAUCUAGAGGACAUGUCACAGUGUCACUGCACAAACAUCAGGAUGUCAAUCGCAGUGGACACGUGACAAAAAUUGAACUGGAAUUGAUGGAAGCUCCGGAUGACACGAUCCUCGUUGGAUCGAUACCAUCUGAAUUGAACAUCACCGGUGAAAUUAAUUCGACUUAUCCGGAUGGCAAUCCAGAACUAGGUGCAGUUAUACUCAGAGCUGAAGAGGUCUUGAUAGUUAUUUUCGUACUCUUUCUAUGGGCUGCGGCAAUUGCGUUAUUCUUCAAUCGAUGGGGCAAGAUAAGAAUGUUGGAACCAUCUCAACCGAAAUUCCUGCCGCAAGACGAACAAAAUUCUACCACGAUUGAACAAAAUCAACUUCAGAACCGACGUACAUUCUCGAAAUGUAAUAUUCUUUGCGAAGAGUGUCCAAUAAGGCACGACUCGAACUACGCCUUGGGACAAACGAGACCGAGGCAAAACAGUGCGUUCAUUGGCUCCAGCGUGUCUUUUCUCCCAGGUGGCGGAGGUACAGCGCGUCGCACGAAAAGCGCGUUCGACCUUCAAUUUUCCGUGUUUACGGAAAAUAACACGCUCGACUCCUCCAGUGAACAGGAUACGUUAAAGAAUUUUAAACCGGCCUGCGAUUCCACGAAAUUAUUGCUAGACGAACGAAAGACAAGCGUCUAUCAGUUGGACAAAACCGGGACAACCAAAUCUUUCUGUCGAAACAGAGGAAUAAGUGUUUGUCAAUUCGAUGCUUCACCAAAAUUAUGGCAACGAGAUCGUGGAAUGAGCAUCUGCCAUUUCGAUAGGAUGGAGGUUCUCGCCAGGCCAUUGCAGAGAGACCGCGGUGCAAGUAUCUGUCAAUUCGACAGAAUGGACGUAUUAGCCAGACCACUGCAGAGAGAUCGCACAGGCAGUGCUUACCAUUUUGACAGAAUGGAUGUCUUGGCCAGACCUAAUGUAACUCUUGACAAAUUCUUGUUGAGAGAAAAACGCGUUAGUACGUGCAACCUUUUGGGGAAAAAUGAGAAAACGACAGAAGGAAUUCAGAUGGAACGGCAUUUAAGCAACAGCAACGUUGGGAAAAUCGGGGAAAAAGAUACAUCGGUCGAGGAAGAGAGAAGCAGGAUUAUGGCGGAGGAACAAAAGACAUUUAUUAAGCACAUACCCAAAGAGAAGAAAAAUAGCUUUUGUCGAUCGAACCAACCAUCUUGCAGCCAAACUUCUGAUGCUGCAUUUGGAUAUAAAGGUACUUGCGUGUAGCGUGAAAAAUUGUACAAUUCGUUAAGAAAGAGCUGCGAUUGUGUGACACAAUUUCCAAGAUGAUGGUUUUGUUCGGAAACGAUCUCAAGAUUGACGUUCUUGCGAAUAUAUCGUACAUAUGUAUGUAUAUAUAACGAAUUAAUUACUCGUUUUGAACAGAAUUAACAUUGUAUUUAAAUAUUAGGUAUGUAUAUUGCUUUUGAUAUGAACACUUUCAGUUCGCUUAUAGUGUUCCCUGUAAAUGAAAUGUUGGACAAAUUUCUAAGAGAAACGUGAAAAUAAAUAUGCAUUAUACAGAAUGACCAAGAUCAGUAUUUCACAGAAUUAUUAAGAAACAAAUAUCUUAGACGUAUUUUUAAAUUUAUAAGUUGGAACGACUCGUUAUCGAACUAUCGUACUAAAUGUAUAUGAAAAAAUUAUAUAAUCUGUACAGCUAACAGCUAAAAAAUAUUUUGUCAGUAUAAAAAAAUAUCAUGGAAAUAAAUGAAAACUACAAAUUGCGAUAACAUUCAAGGGAUUAAAAAUAAAUGAUAAUAAACAACGUGAUAAUCUGUCUUUCAAAUAUCGAAGAAAAAUAAAAAUAUCUCGUAGUUUAAUUAUUCUUUCGAAUUUUUAUUAAGUUAUUCGAAUUCAUUCUUAUCCUACUGUAU